CAUUUCUGUUGCUGCAUUUUAUAUUCACGGUGUUUUUUCAAAUCCCCAAUGCUAGUUUGAAAAUAUUAAUUCAGUUUGGAUUGCUGUGUUACAGUUUUCUUCAGCUUCAUGUUUGUUUGGGGAGGAUAGAGGAGGACUUUUCAACAACAGAAAGCCUUUUAUUCACAUUUUCUGGCCUUUUGCAGUAGUUUGUAAUGGAUGUGGUCUGGUUUUAUUUAUUCCUAUUCAUUUUGUGAAUAGGGCUCCUAGUUUGAGAGUUCCCUCUUCUGUGCAUUUUAUAUGCAGUUAUUUUAAUUUUAUUUUAUGUUAUUGUUCGAAUGUGAGGAGGGUUGGUAUAUCCUCUUUUUUUUGUUUUUGGUGGUUCAUUUCCUUUUUUCCCUUUAUUGCCGUGACUCCAGGGAGGUCCCACCUCUGCUCUCUGUAUCUGAGUCUCCUCCCAAAGCACUGCAUCUCAGAGGCUGCUACUUCUGAUCCUAUACACUUUCAAGCCUUUACCCCAUAGCCAGGACUGUAGGCUAUCAGACUGUAACCUGUGCUUAGUAUUAUGGCUUUUAUUGUUUCACUUUCCCUUUCUGGGGGUGAAUUUGUCUGUGCUUCCUCUCAGUCCUCUGCUCUUCUUCAGUCUCUUCACCCUCUCCUCUCCUACUCUCCAUACCCACAGGCUUGAAUGGUAGUAAGUGGGCUGUGGAAGCUCUUUCAGAAAAAAAAUUUUUCCCUCUACUUCCAGGUAAUUUGAAGGUUGUGGUAUUCUUUGUCUUCUAGUAAUGCUGAAGGUAUGGUGACUAUAUGGUGUUAUCUGUUCUCCUGUUGAUUUUAUGCUUGUUUGGGGAAGUUGAUGGGGAGAUUGAGAAUCAGGCUAAUGCCAAUGUUCUUGAAACUCAGAAGUCCCCUCCAACCUAAUAUAAAAUUGUGAGUAUUAUCUGAUAUCAAGGAAGGUUUUCAGCUUUUCUUAAUGAUUUCUAAUUUUCUGAUUAGUGAUUUUUGCUAAGGAGAUAUUUUCAUGCAUUAUUUCACAAUGUAAUCUUAAGAGAGAGAAUUAUGGAGAGAAAAAACUCUGCCCCAAAUCAGAGCAUUAUUUAACAUAAUAAUGAAAGUAUUAGUUUUCGAUUUUCAAGUUGUCUUUAAUAAGUCACUUGGCCAUUAAAAUCAACAACUCGGACAAUCAGAUUCUAUUAACUUUUUAAUUUCGUUUAAUAAAAUACUUCUAUGUAAAUAUUUUCCUGGUGGAAAGAUUAUUACUAAAUUUCAAAUGUUAGUAAAGUCAGUUUCUGGUCUAUGAAUUUUUAAAUGUUUAAAAUUUAUUAAUUAUUAAUAAAGAUUUAAUAUCUGUUUUUCAUAGACAAGAAGUAAAAGAACCAAACAGGGAAGUAUUCAUAUUUUCAAGAUCUCUAAGAAGAGGUAGCAAUAUUUAAUAUGGAACAAAAAGUUUGUGAAACACAUAAUGAAGAUCUUUUUUCAAGCAGUGGCAUCACAUCCAAUGAAGGUUCAAGCCCAUUUUUUAUGUCAUCUAUUCGUGGUACAAUAAUUGAAAACACAUCUUCAACUGGGAAUUUAACACAAAUUCCUUUUUUCCCUAAAUAUGAAGUGGAACUUGAUUCUCAUAGAAAAACCAUCUCAUACCCUGGGAAGGAGCACAUUGAACGUGUUUUGGAAGAAUAUUCACAUCAAGUCAAAGAUUUGCAGAGAAAACUCAGUGAAAGCAAUGAAUUGCAUGAAAAACAAAAGUUUUACUUAAGGCAAUCGGUCAUCGAUUUGCAAACAAAACUUCAAGAGAUGCAAAUGGAGAGAGAUGCCAUGGCUGACAUCAGACGAAGGGAGAGUCAGUCCCAGGAGGAUCUAAGAAGUCAGCUUCAAAAUACAGUUCACGAACUUGAAGCUGCCAAAUGCCUCAAGGAUGACAUGCUAAAAGAUAGCUGCACACAGAUAGAGCAGCUAAGAAAAAUGAUGCUUAGUCAUGAGGGAGUGCUUCAAGAAAUCCGAUCAGUCCUGGUUGACUUUGAAGAAGCCUCAGGCAAGAAAGUAUACGAUCAUGAAAGCAUGUCUGCUCUCCACGUCCGCAACUUGGGCUCAGCUAUUGGUAAAAUCCUGAGAGAAUUAGACACAGAGAUUUCUUAUCUUAAAGGGAGGAUAUUUCCACUAGAGGAACAGCUUGAAGCAUUAAAAUCUGAAUCACAGAAUAAAAUAGAACUACUUCUUCAGCAACAUCAAGAUCGGAUUGAGCAGUUAAUGAAUGAACAUGAAGUCGAAGUAACAGGACUUACUGAGAAAGCUAGCAGUGCUCGAAGUCAAGCCAAUAGUAUCCAAAGUCAACUGGAAAUCAUUCAAGAACAAGCAAGAAACCAAAAUUCAAUGUAUAUGCGGCAGCUCAGUGACCUGGAAUCUACUGUUUCUCAGCUACGUUCUGAAUUAAGAGAAGCCAAAAGAACGUAUGAAGACAAGAUUGAAGAACUGGAGAAGCAGUUAGUCCUGGCCAACUCAGAGCUAACUGAGGCACGGACGGAACGGGACCAGAUCAGCCAGGAAUCUGGAAAUCUGGAUGAUCAACUUCAAAAGCUCUUGGGUGAUCUACAUAAAAGAGAAAAGGAGCUGAGUCUGGAGAAGGAGCAGAAUAAACGUCUUUGGGAUCGAGACACUGGCAACAGCAUCACCAUUGACCACCUGCGACGUGAGCUGGAUGACAGGAACAUGGAGGUGCAGCGCCUGGAAGCGCUUCUCAAGGCCAUGAAGAGCGAGUGUCAGGGGCAGAUGGAGAGGCAGAUGGCAGCAAUUCAGGGAAAGAAUGAAAGUCUAGAAAAAGUGUCCUCCUUGACUGCUCAGCUUGAAUCCACCAAAGAGAUGCUUCGCAAAGUAGUAGAGGAGUUGACUGCCAAGAAAAUGACUCUGGAGAGCUCAGAGAGGACUGUGUCAGACCUCACAGCUUCCCUCCAGGAAAAAGAGAGAGCCAUUGAGGCUACCAAUGCUGAAAUCACAAAGCUCCGCUCCCGGGUAGACUUGAAAUUGCAGGAGCUGCAGCACUUGAAAAACGAAGGGGAUCACCUCAGAAAUAUGCAGACAGAAUGUGAGGCCCUCAAGCUGCAGAUGACAGAAAAGGACAAGGUGAUCGAGAUUUUGCGACAACAGAUUGAAAAUAUGACGCAGUUGGUUGGCCAGCACGGACGAACUGCUGGUGCCAUGCAAGUGGAGAAGGCUCAACUUGAGAAAGAGAUUAAUGAUAGGAGGUUGGAACUGCAGGAAUUUAAGAUUUUAAAAGAUAAAAAAGAAGCAAAGAUACGGGAACUUGAGGCCAGAGUAAGUGACCUGGAACUGGAAAAGGUGAAGCUGGUGAAUGCAGGCUCUGAGCGGCUCCGUGCAGUGAAGGACAUCAAACAAGAGAGAGACCAAUUAUUAAACGAGGUGAAAACCUGUAGGAGUGAGUUAAACAGUCUUACAGAGGACUAUGAAGUCUUAAAAAGGAAUUUUCGUAACAAAAGUGAAGAAAUGGAAACUACCACAAAUAAGCUAAAAAUGCAAUUAAAAUCUGCACAGUCUGAACUGGAACAAACAAGAAAUACGUUAAAGUCAAUGGAAGGAUCUGAUGGUCAUGCUAUGAAAGUGGCAAUGGGGAUGCAAAAACAAAUUACAGCCAAAAGAGGUCAGAUAGAUGCCCUUCAGAGCAAGAUACAGUUUUUAGAAGAGGCAAUGACAAAUGCAAGUAAGGAGAAGCAUUUCCUAAAAGAAGAGAAGAAUAAACUAAGCCAGGAAUUGAAUACUGUUGCGACAGAAAAAAACAAGAUGGCCGGGGAACUGGAUGUCCUUAGAUCUCAGGAACGCCGUUUGAAAGAAAAGGUUGCUAAUAUGGAAGUUGCUCUUGAUAAGGCAUCUUUGCAGUUUGCAGAAUGUCAAGAUAUAAUACAGCGCCAGGAGCAAGAAUCUGUGCGUCUAAAACUUCAACAUACUUUGGAUGUAAAAGAACUUCAGGGCCCUGGAUACACUUCAAAUUCUUCUGUGAAACCACGUCUUCUACAGCCAUCAUCUGCUGCUCGUUCUCAUUCUAAUGUACCAUCUUCCCAGUCUACAGGCAGCUUCCUGUCACAUCACUCUGUGAAAUCUAACACACUGAAGGAAGAUCCAACAAGAGACCUGAAACAGCUUCUCCAAGAGUUGAGAAGUGUGAUCAAUGAUGAACCCUCUGUGCCCCUGAGCAAGUCUGAGGAUGAUGGGAGAACACCAUCUCUAGGAGGCCUGUACGUGGCUGUAAAUGAAAGAGUAAGAGAUUGUAUCACUGAAUCAAGCCUGAGAGCAGAGAUAUGCCAUAGAAGCAACAACUCAUUGAGGGGCUCCACUGAAGGCAGCAAAUCAAGUGAAACUCUUAGCAGAGAGCCGGCCACGUUACAUGCAGGAGACAUGGAGGACCCGUCUAGUUGCUUCACAUUCCCAUCUACAGCAAGUCCAACUGUGAAAAAUCCGGUUUCUCGUUCAUUCCAUUCUUCUCCCAAGAAGUCUCCAGUGCACUCACUCCUAACUAGCUCAGGUGAAGAUUCAGGAGGUUCCACGUCACAAUACAGAUCCCCCAAACCUGUUCAUUCACCUGAUUCCGUUAAAGCUUCACAGUCUCAGCCGAUAGAAACAACGGGAAAAACAUGCAGAAAGCUCCAGAACAGACUGGAAAGCUUACAAACUCUGGUAGAAGAUUUACAGCUGAAAAACCAAGCAAUGUCUUCAAUGAUCAGAAAUCAAGAAAAGAGGAUACAGAAAGUGAAAGACCAGGAAAAAAUGUUACUAAAAUGAUACAUUGCUUGCCUAUUCUUUAUAGAGGGUUGAUGCCCAAAUAAUUGUGGUGUUACUUGUAAUUAGUGCCCUGUGUACUAUUUUUUCUUUUUAUGUGAAAGUUUAAUAAAAGAUAUCCUGUCCUGUAAAUUCUAUUUUGAACUAUUCUUGAAUGCUCUCACAGUAAAAUUUAAAACAGUAAAAGCUAGAUUUGGAAGUAUUCAUGUAUUCCAAGACAGAGCUCUGGUGGCACAGUGGUUGAAGUUCUCGCCAGCUAACUGAAAGAAAGUUUACUGGUCUGAACCCACCAGUGGCUCCACAGGAGAAAGAUGCGGCAGUCUGGCUCCAUAAAGAUUACAGCCUUGGAAACUCUAUGAGGCAGUUCUGCUCUGUUCUGUAGGGUCACUAUGAGCCCGAAUCGACUCGAUGGCAAUGGGCUUAUAUAUUAUAAGGUAUUAAUUUAUACUGUUAAGACCAUAUGUUGGGAUAGUUGUGCAUUUUCGUUAUCUUGGCUGGUUUGGAGACUAUAGAAUGCAAUCUU